AUAAUGACCUUGAUCUUGAUAUGGAUCUUUUGACUGUGAAGGCCGUAUGCAUAGAAGAAAUGGGGUUUACUGCGGAGAUCUUUGACGAAGCAGUUUAUCACUUAAAGCUUGAUGGUAAUCAUCAUCCAAAUAUUGAGGUUAUCAUAAACCGUAUUGACCAGAUACAAAAGGAAACAUCCGUUGAAUAUACAUCAGCUAAGAUAUCAGAAACGUUUUACGAAGAAAACCUACGUUUGAAGAAAAUUGUAAAAUGCUCAAACUGUAAAACCAACGAUUCGAACGCGCUGUUCCUGCCCUGUGCCCAUCACGUGAUGUGUAUCACCUGCACACGUGACACGAAGAGGUGUUCGGUCUGUAACAGAGCAGUUUAUGAUGUUGUGAGGACUUUCAUGGGGUAGAAACUAUUAAAAGUCAGUUGCAAAAAACAAACAGAUGCAUUACAAUGAACUAUAUCAGUUGAAAUAGUAAAAAAGAAUGCGGGACCUAUUUGUAAGUGUUUGGUUUUCAGCAUGUCGCUUUUUGGAACUUAUUGUGAGUAUUUUCUAAAAUAUUCCACAACGUGUUUAACAGUUGAUUUUAA